AACACCCAGUGGGACGAGCCUGUGCUUGCGGGCGCCGCCCCGCCGAGCUUUAAGAGCCCACCCCGAGGCGGCCCCGCGGUCACGGCCUGAGCGAGAGCGGCGACAACGAGGAGCAGCGGGGCUCCCUCAGAAACACCGUUGAAGAUCAGACGGGGAAAGAGUACAAGAGCAGUUUUUCAUGAGCCCGCAGUAACUGAGUGCUGAACUAUCGCAUCGUUUGCCCUCUCAUACUUUUCUUCUUUUUUUGGUAUAAAAGUGUGUUGUAGCGUUUGGCAUCGCCUGGUAAAUCUGCACGUGGGAAGAGUGCUGAAGGAUUGCGAUAAACUCAACUUGUGCACCCGUGUCCCUUGAAGAAGGCAGAAGACAGCUAUUUUUUCAGCCAUGGCGAGCCAGGCAUUUUCCCCAGAGGCUGCUUUCCCUCAUGGGAGGCGGAGGGAGAAAUGGGACCCCAGGCUUCUUUCAAGGGCAAGGAUUUACUUGGGAAAAAGCGAGAAUGUCUCCAGGCCUACAGCUGGUGGAGAACACCGCAGAAGAAACGGAAGAAAAAGAACAAAAUAAAACCAGGAAGAAUAGAGUUUGUCAGCGCUACUACUACCACCAGUAGUACAGUCAGACCAGAUUAUUCAAUAUUUGUUGGGGAGCUUACUCCAGAAGUGGAUGAUUUCCAGCUCUAUGACUAUUUCCUAAAGAGGUAUCCCUCGUGUCUCGACUGCAAAAUAGCGACAGACCUGCUGGGAUAUUCCAGAGGGUAUGCCUAUGUCAGAUUUGGUGAGCAAGGUGAUCAGAUGAGGGCACUGCAAGACUGCCAGAAUGCGCCAGGUCUGGGGGGAAAACGAAUCCGGCUGAGCAUAGGAAUUUCUAAAAGACUGAAAGCAGAAUUCCAGCGGUACCAGUCAUACAACUAUAAUGAUUAUUACCAAGAUUAUCAGAACUACUACUCACAGUGGAAUUAUGAUGCAUAUGCUGAGUAUAACAACUACAACUCCUAUGCUGCCUAUGAUAGCAUGCAAGCUAUUGGAGACUGCUCUUUAGGAGAUGCUGUUAUGGCACCAGCUGUUUUUGAGGAAUCUACGGCUAUGGCUGAAAUCAAUGAAGACCUACUUACUGAAGAUCCGCAAUUGUAUUUGGAUGUUGAUGAAAUGAACAGACAAUUUAUGGAGACAAGUGAAGAACUCUAUGAUUCGCUUAUGAAUUGUCACUGGCAACCUCUGGAUACGGUCACUUCCGAAAUCCCCUCUGCUAUUUAAGUGUCUUAUAUAGCAUGGCCGUUAUGACCAAGGGAUGCUCUGGACCAACCGCUUCUUUCUAGCGCUACCUCAAAGUAACGUGCAGAUAUAACUCACAGGGAAGACUGAUCAAAUGGCGAUGAUCACUAUCAUUCUGCUGGAUGCAUAUAUAUAUUUGCCUUUUUUUUUUUUUUUGUUUCGGCUCACUUUUAGCAACAAUUAACUGAAGUGACACGUGUUAACGGGCACUGACUACACCUGCAGAUAUUUCGGAGUCGUGAGUGUCAUUCAAGGCCUGUCACUUGUUUAGAAAUUGUUCUAAAUGGGAAAAACGGAAGUGAAAUAAAUAAAGCAGCGUUUGAAUUUACAGAGGAAAUUAGA